CUUCACUCACCGGAAACUUGUCGUUCAUCAACUUCCGGUGUCACGGGGAACCUGGAAGACGGGGCAAAAAAGCGGGCAUACCGAAAUCUUUAUUGUUUUCGUCGGGCUCGAACCUUUUAAUAGCGAAUACAUUUUACUCGUAAAGCCAAACGACUGCGCCUCGCGGGCCAGUGAUCCCCCGGGAUUUGCGUUUGGCUCGGUAACGACUCUCAUUCAUUCGGGUUUCGUGCUCGAUAGCUGGCUAACGAGGCUCCACACCAGCAGGCCCGUUCUUCUGGACUUUGCUACAAGCUAGCGGACCGCUGGUUGGAGCUAACUUACUGCAGCUGCAUCGGCGAGGCGCUUGUUUUUGAAAGUGUUGCCCACUUUGCUGCUAGCUUAAGCUAGCCACCGCCAACUGAACAACGCAGUCACCGGGAGCGCAGCAGCCUCCAGAUCACAGAGAUGUCGGACUUCGACGAAUUCGAGAGGCAGCUCUCCGAGAACAAACAAGCUGAAAGGGACAAAGAGAACCGCCACCACCGCCGGUCCUCCUCCCGCAGCCGCAGCAGAGAGAGGAAAAGGAGGAGCAGAGACAGGGACAGACGCAGCAGGGACCGUCGUGGGGACAGUAAGGAGCGCAGGCACAGACGCAGCUCACCAACCAGCUACCCCCAGGACAAUGCUGGAAGCCGUUCUCCACACCGUGAGAAGAAGAAGAAGGUGAAGAAGUACUGGGAUGUUCCUCCACCUGGUUUUGAACACAUCACUCCCAUGCAGUACAAAGCCAUGCAAGCUGCAGGCCAGAUCCCUGCCACAGCCCUCCUGCCAACCAUGACUCCAGAUGGCCUGGCUGUUACUCCCACCCCAGUACCUGUAGUGGGCAGCCAGAUGACCCGGCAGGCCCGCCGGCUGUAUGUGGGCAACAUCCCCUUUGGUAUCACAGAGGAAUCCAUGAUGGACUUCUUCAAUGCCCAGAUGCGUUUGGGUGGUCUAACUCAGGCCCCUGGAAACCCUGUCCUUGCAGUACAGAUCAACCAGGAUAAGAAUUUUGCCUUCCUUGAGUUUCGUUCAGUGGAUGAAACAACACAGGCCAUGGCCUUUGAUGGAAUCAUCUUUCAAGGCCAGAGCCUCAAAAUUCGCCGUCCCCAUGAUUACCAACCUCUGCCGGGCAUGAGCGAGAAUCCCAGUGUCUAUGUGCCUGGUACACAGACAAUUAAUGGUGUGGUGUCCACAGUGGUGCCUGACUCUGCUCACAAGCUCUUCAUUGGUGGCUUGCCCAACUACCUGAAUGAUGACCAGGUGAAGGAGCUGUUGACGUCAUUUGGUCCUCUGAAGGCUUUCAACCUGGUGAAGGACAGUGCCACAGGCUUAUCUAAAGGAUAUGCUUUCUGUGAAUAUGUUGAUGUCAACCUUAAUGACCAGGCUAUUGCUGGGCUGAAUGGCAUGCAGCUGGGAGACAAGAAGCUCCUGGUGCAAAGAGCAAGUGUGGGAUCCAAGAACGCCACUCUGACAAGUAUGAACCAGACCCCCGUGACGCUGCAGGUGCCGGGUCUAAACAGCUCUGUUACUCAGAUGGGCGGCCUGCCCACUGAGGUGCUGUGUCUGAUGAACAUGGUUGCCCCCGAAGAGCUGAUUGAUGAUGAGGAAUAUGAGGAGAUCGUGGAGGACGUCAGGGACGAGUGCAGCAAGUAUGGCCAAGUCAAGAGCAUCGAGAUUCCUCGACCUGUGGACGGCCUGGAUGUGCCUGGGACUGGAAAGAUCUUUGUGGAAUUCACAUCAGUCUUUGACUCCCAGAAGGCCAUGCAGGGGUUGACAGGACGGAAGUUUGCCAACAGGGUGGUGGUGACCAAAUACUGCGAUCCAGACGCUUAUCACCGCCGAGACUUCUGGUAGAGGAAGCAUGAAGUAAAAAAGGGGGGGGUGGGGGGGUAUGUACUGCCUAUUUCCAAAUCAGCCCCUUGAGUGAUUUGGUAGAGCUACAUUUCAAGUAGAUUUGAGAAAAUUAGGCAUUUGACAAAUGGUUUUGGUGAUAAUCCAGUUUAUCAUUUGAGAUCUAUGUGAAAUGUCCAGCAGUUAAACAGUUAUUUGAAAAUUGGAACAGAAGAAGAGCAGGGAGGGUUUAAGUCCAAAAGUGAACAGGGGUCUG